AAAAUUCACAUUAGAGGACUCUAUGUCCUGCCCACUGUCUGUUGUACAUGGUGAGGUGUCACUCCAGGAUCUUGCUUCAGGUGUGUAUGAUCCCACCAUCCAUUAAACCACUGAUGUCUUUUAAAAAAUGAUUCACAUUAGAGAAUGGGACUUAUAUUUUCAAAUGAUUUGGUUAUACUCAUUGACAGAAUUAGGCACUUACCCAGUCAGGCACUGGCAGAGCUGAAUAGUAACAGGCCCUGUGUGGGGCUUGCACCUGUAAAUGUUAGAGUAUAAAUGAGAGGAUGGAAUUUUCUUUCUUGUGAACAGCAGGAUGCAAAGAGGAAGGAGAGAGGAAGAUGCUAAGUUUUGCCCAGAUAAUUUUUCCAAAGUCACUGAUCAAAUAAGUUACCCCAUCUCCUUAGGAAAGGAAAGAAUGAAGGGAGUGGAAAGAAGUCAGGAAUGUUAUGAUAAUGUAUGUCCCUCUACACAGAAUGAAAUGUCAAAAGUAGGGCAUAAUUGUUUUCUUCAAUGCCUUUCUUGUUUCCUUUCUCAGAAAGCUACCACAGGAUGUGCUCUACCAAAAAGGAGGGAGUAAAUCAUGGAAGAGGAAAAUAGAAGAGUCAGCAUGAGAAAGUCGAUGGGAAUUGGUAGGAUGACAGUGAAAGGGAAAGAAAUCUCGGGGUGACAGCUGUGGUGGAAGUCUAGUAGUGACCAGAAAUUACCAGACAGGGGAUGUCCAAGGAGAGAACACCACCACCAAAAACAAACAUAUGGAUUACUUGAUGUAUUUGAACACAUUGAGAGAAGAUUUAUGGUUCUGUCAAUGAAUUAUUGAUAGUUUGCUUGCCUAAACUGGAUUUGAAGCAAUUCAAACUACCGGAGAUCUGCCAUUUUACAAUAUCACAAUUGGAAAGAAGCAGGUUUUCAAAUAAUGGAAGAGUCUAAGACCUCUAAAAAUGAAAAUCACGAACCAAAGAAGAAUGCUUGGGCUCUUUCUGAAGAAAGCAAAACAGUUAAAGUUAUAACUAAUCAAACUUUGAAAGCUAGAAAUGAUAAAUCCAUAAAAGAAAUUGGGACCAAUUCUCCAAAUAGGAAUAGUACUAAAAAAAAUAAGCAAAAUGAUAUUUGUAUAGAAAAAACAGAAGUUAAAUCAUGUAAAGUAAAUGCUGCCAGUGUUCCAGGCCCUAAAGAUUUGGGGUUAGUCCUUCGAGAUCAAAGUCAUUGCAAAGCAAAAAAAUCACCUAAUUCACCAGUGAAAUCAGAAAAAGUACCUAUUUCACAGGCAAAAGUAGAAAGGGCACCCAGUUUACAGGCAAAAGCAGAGAAGUCACCAAAGUCAUCUAAUUCACCAGUGAAGACAGAAAAGACACCCAGCUUCCAGGCAACAGUAGUAGAAAAGACACUUAAUUCACAGAGGAGAGCAGAAAAAGCACCCGGUUCUCAGAUGAAAUCAGAAAAGGUGCCCAGUUUACCCCCAGAAGCUGAGAAGGUACCAAGUUUACUAUUGAAAGAAAACAUGAGACAGACAGAAUUGCAGCAGAUUGGAAAAAAAAUUCCAAGCUCCUUUACUUCUCUGGACAAAGUGAAUAUUGAUGUUACAGAGGGAGAAAAAUCUGCUCUGGAAAACUCACAACGAUCUCAGAAGAAACAAACAUGUACAGAUAAUACUGGUGAUUCUGAUGAUAGUGCUUCAGGAAUUGAAGACAUAUCAGAUGAUUUGAGUAAAACGAAGAAUGAUGAAUCUAAUAAAGAAAAUUCUUCAGAGAUGGACUAUUUAGAAAAUGCCACUGUGAUAGAUGAAUCUACAUUGACACCUGAGCAGAGGCUAGGUUUGAAACAAGCAGAAGAACGCUUAGAAAGAGAUCACAUCUUUCGACUUGAAAAACGCUCACCAGAAUAUACCAAUUGCCGAUAUCUAUGCAAACUUUGCUUAAUUCAUAUUGAAAACAUCCAGGGAGCUCAUAAACAUAUAAAGGAGAAACGACAUAAGAAAAACAUUUUGGAAAAACAGGAAGAAAGUGAGCUUCGUUCUCUUCCACCUCCUACCCCUGCCCACUUGGCUGCUUUAACUGUUGCAGUUAUUGAAUUAGCAAAAGAACAAGGAAUAACAGAUGAUGACCUCAGAGUCCGUCAGGAAAUUGUGGAAGAAAUGUCAAAGGUUAUAACAACAUUUUUACCAGAAUGUUCACUUAGGUUGUAUGGCUCGUCUCUGUCUAAGUUUGCUCUGAAAAGUAGUGAUGUUAAUAUAGAUAUAAAAUUUCCUCCCAAGAUGAAUCAUCCUGAUCUUCUGAUACAAGUGCUUGGGAUUUUAAAAAAAAGUGGUGAUUAUAAUGUUCGGACAAUAUUUGGGACUCUGCCUGUGGUUUGUGAUAAUACAGCAAAUGACACCAAGAGAGUACUAUAUGUAGAUGUGGAAUCUGAUUUUCACGCGAAAGUUCCUGUUGUGGUGUGCAAGGAUCGGAAAAGUGGUUUGCUUUGUAGAGUGAGUGCAGGAAAUGAUACGGCAUGCCUCACUACUGAUUUACUUGCUGCUCUUGGCAAAAUGGAACCUGUCUUUACUCCCUUGGUGUUAGCCUUUCGCUAUUGGGCUAAGUUGUGCUAUAUUGACUCCCAAACUGAUGGCGGAAUUCCUUCUUACUGUUUUGCUUUAAUGGUGAUGUUUUUCCUACAACAAAGAAAACCCCCUCUUCUUCCUUGCUUACUUGGAAGUUGGAUUGAAGGCUUUGACCCAAAAAGAAUGGAUGACUUUCAGCUGAAGGGCAUAGUAGAAGAGAAGUUUGUGAAGUGGGAAUAUAAUUCAAGUAGUGCAACUGAGAAAAACUCAAUUGCUGAGGAAAACAAAGCUAAGGCAGACCAACCAAAAGAUGAUACCAAGAAGACAGAAACAGACAACCAAAGUAAUGCCAUGAAGGAAAAACAUGGCAAAUCUCCUUUAACAUUGGAAACACAAAAGCAGGUGUCCCUGGGGCAGUUAUGGUUAGAGCUGCUAAAAUUUUACACACUGGAUUUUGCUUUGGAGGAAUAUGUCAUAUGUGUACGAAUACAAGAUAUUUUAACAAGAGAAAACAAAAACUGGCCUAAACGGCGAAUAGCCAUUGAAGAUCCAUUUUCAGUCAAGAGGAAUGUUGCACGGAGUUUAAACAGUCAGCUUGUUUAUGAAUAUGUUGUGGAGAGAUUCAGGGCAGCUUAUCGAUAUUUUGCCUGUCCUCAGAGGAAGGGUGGAAAUAAAUCUACAAUGGAUUCCAUGAAAAAAGAGAAGGGGAAAAUAAACAGUAAGAAACCAGUGAAGUCUGACAAUGUGGCAUCGAAUUGUUGCAUUCUACUUGGGGGAAGCACAGAAAAAAUAAAUGCAGAAAGAGGUCAACCUGAUAAAUAUGAUGAAAUGAAAUGUACAUCGCAGAGAUGUAUUACUGAAGAUGACAGUUUGUUGAUAAAUGAACUAGAUUUGGCUGAAAAUGGACAGGAAUCAUCAUCUCUUUCUACCAGUGAAGGCAGUGAAUUAGAGCCAAAAUCAAUUAAGAAGCAGGAUGUUUUAGCACCUUCAGAAACUUAUUUAAAGAAGGAGCUAAGCCGGUGUAAUUGCAUUGAUUAUAAAUCCCCUGAACCAGAUGAAUCUGCUGGUACAGGCUGCAGGUCAAAUUUAGAAACAGAAAGUUCACAUCAGAUUGUGUGCACUGACACAUCUGCUACCUCUUGCAACUGCAAAGCUACAGAAGAUGCUUCUGACCUUAAUGAUGAUAACCACCCUACCCAGGAAUUAUAUUAUGUGUUUGAUAAGUUUAUUUUAACUUCUGGCAAGCCGCCAACAAUAGUAUGCAGCAUCUGCAAAAAGGAUGGCCAUUCAAAAAAUGAUUGCCCAGAGGAUUUCAGGAAAAUUGAUCUAAAACCUCUACCACCAAUGACAAAUCGAUUUCGAGAAAUACUUGAUUUAGUAUGUAAAAGAUGUUUUGAUGAAUUAUCACCACCUUUCUCUGAACAGCACAACAGGGAACAGAUUUUAAUUGGCUUGGAAAAGUUUAUUCAAAAAGAAUAUGAUGAAAAGGCAAGAUUGUGCUUAUUUGGCUCUUCUAAGAAUGGAUUUGGAUUUCGUGAUAGUGAUCUGGAUAUUUGCAUGACCUUGGAGGGCCAUGAAAAUGCAGAGAAAUUAAAUUGUAAGGAAAUAAUUGAAAAUUUGGCGAAAAUUCUUAAGAGACAUCCAGGUUUAAGAAACAUUUUGCCUAUAACUACUGCCAAAGUGCCUAUAGUAAAAUUUGAACACAGACGAAGUGGUUUAGAAGGCGAUAUCAGUUUAUAUAAUACAUUGGCUCAGCAUAACACAAGAAUGCUAGCUACAUAUGCAGCUAUUGAUCCUAGAGUACAGUACUUGGGAUACACUAUGAAAGUGUUUGCUAAGCGAUGUGACAUUGGAGAUGCUUCCAGGGGAAGUUUAUCUUCAUAUGCUUAUAUCCUUAUGGUGCUGUACUUCCUGCAGCAGAGAAAACCACCUGUUAUCCCAGUUCUACAAGAGAUCUUUGAUGGAAAACAGAUCCCACAGAGAAUGGUUGAUGGAUGGAAUGCUUUUUUCUUUGAUAAAACAGAAGAACUGAAAAAACGUUUACCUUCACUUGGAAAGAACACAGAAACAUUAGGAGAGCUUUGGUUGGGGCUGCUUCGCUUCUAUACUGAAGAAUUUGAUUUCAAAGAAUAUGUAAUUAGCAUUCGGCAGAAAAAACUGUUGACAACUUUUGAGAAGCAGUGGACAUCCAAAUGCAUUGCAAUUGAAGACCCUUUUGAUUUGAAUCAUAACCUUGGUGCUGGAGUUUCUAGAAAAAUGACCAAUUUCAUCAUGAAAGCAUUUAUCAAUGGAAGGAAACUUUUUGGUACCCCCUUUUAUCCACUCAUUGGCAGAGAAGCUGAGUACUUCUUUGAUUCCAGAGUAUUAACAGAUGGAGAACUGGCUCCCAAUGAUCGGUGUUGCCGUGUGUGUGGAAAAAUAGGCCACUACAUGAAAGACUGCCCUAAAAGGAGAAGCAGUUUACUGUUUAGACUAAAGAAGAAAGACAGUGAAGAAGAGAAGGAAGGGAAUGAAGAAGAGAAAGAUUCCCGAGACCUUGACACCCGAGACCUCCACGACACUCGAGACUUUAGAGACCCCAGAGACCUCAGAUGUUUUAUAUGCGGAGAUGCAGGACAUGUGCGAAGGGAGUGCCCAGAGGUCAAGUUGGCCCGUCAAAGGAAUAGCAGUGUGGCAGCAGCCCAGCUGGUCCGCAACCUUGUAAAUGCCCAGCAGGUGGCUGGUUCAGCCCAGCAACAGAGUGAUCAGUCCAUAAGGACUAGACAGUCCUCAGAAUGUUCUGAUUCACCAUCUUAUUCUCCCCAGCCCCAGCCAUUUCCACAGAACUCUUCCCAGUCCACUGCCAUUACCCAGCCUCCAUCCCAGCCAGGAUCUCAACCCAAGCUUGGCCCACCUCAGCAGGGAGCCCAGCCCCCACAUCAAGUCCAGAUGCCUAUGUAUAACUUUCCCCAGUCACCACCAGCUCAGUAUUCUCCCAUGCACAAUAUGGGAUUGUUGCCAAUGCACCCUCUCCAGAUCCCUGCCCCUUCCUGGCCUAUUCAUGGCCCAGUAAUCCAUUCUGCACCAGGCAGUGCCCCCAGCAAUAUUGGCCUAAAUGAUCCCAGCAUCAUCUUUGCACAGCCUGCUGCCAGACCUGUGGCGAUCCCUAGCUCCUCUCAUGAUGGACACUGGCCUCGUACUGUCGCUCCAAAUUCCCUGGUGAACAAUGGUACAGUGGGGAAUUCAGAGCCAGGAUUUCCAGGACUGAAUCCUCCAAUUCCUUGGGAACAUGCACCACGACCCCAUUUCCCUCUUGUCCCAGCUUCGUGGCCUUAUGGUUUGCAUCAAAACUUCAUGCAUCAGGGAAGUGCCAGAUUUCAGCCUAACAAACCUUUCUAUACUCAAGCUGGUCUACCGAUGCACAGCAACCAGCCAAUCCUGCUGUCUCAAGGGUAUCCGUACCUCAAUGUCAGUUACAUUCAGCAGAAAAAGUGACAUUUAAUGGAAAGCAAAACAAAAUCAGGUCCUGAUUUAAAAUUUUAACACGUUUAGAUAGCUUAUUUAAAUUCUAAGACUGUUUUUAAAGACUGUAUUAUUUGUAUAUAAAUAUGAACUAUAGUUUUUACUAGUAUCACCAAAUUCAGUGAUACAAAUUUCAUCUAUUUUAUUACCCUAUUUUUAAGGGAAUUUUAUGUUUUGUUUAACCUUGAUGAAUUGUAUAAAGAGAGAAUUUAAAAAAUUACAUUCUUUAUUUUCUAUUAGCUGUAUUCAUACUUUGGUUGCUUCAGACUUUAUAUAUAUUGUUCUUAAGAAUUAGGAAAGACUUUCAUGUGUUUUAAAUUUGUCACUUCUAUUCUUUACAGAACCUUGUAGUGCCAAAAUUUUUUUAAAAGGUAAAAAAAAAAUAAUAAAAUAAAACUACAACAUGAAGAUUCAGAAUUUUUUUCUUUUACAUUCUUGUAUAUUGAAAAUAUUCAAACUUGAACAGAAAUUUGCUUUUGUCUGUAUUUGAAGUAAUUCUAUUUUAAGUUAAUAAACCUUUUUGACAAGA